CAAGUUAUUUGCCCUCUGUGAAUGUUCCAUGAUUAGUUCUGGAGUUAAUUAGGAUUUUUUGCAAUUGUAUGACUUCGAAUCAUAAGUAGACAAGAUAGGGAUGGCCCCUAAGACUGUGAGCAUUGUGGGUUCUGGAAAUUGGGGUUCAGCAAUAGCGAAAAUAGUUGGUAAUAAUGUACAGCAAAGAAAUGAUGUAUUUUCCACCAUUAUUAACAUGUAUAUGUAUGAAGAGAUGGUGGACGGUAAAAAACUGACAGAGAUAGUUAAUAUGCAACAUGAAAAUAUUAAGUAUUUACCUGGAGUCAAAUUACCUGAAAAUGUGAUAGCUGUACCAGAUAUUUUAGAAGCAACUACAAAUGCUGAUAUCCUCAUAUUUGUUCUUCCACAUCAAUUUGUUCAAAAAAUAUGUGAACAGUUAAAGGGUAAAAUUAAAUCUAGUGCUAUAGCUGUUUCAUUAAUUAAGGGCUUUGCUAUAAAUGAAAAAGGUAUUCAAUUGAUCUCUCAUCAAAUAAGUGAAAUCUUGUCUAUACCAUGCUGUGUAUUAAGUGGUGCCAAUCUGGCUGGAGAAGUUGCUAAUGAACAAUUUUGUGAAACUACCAUAGGAAGUAAAAAUGAAGACACCGGUGAAUUGUUAAGACAGUUAUUUGAAACACCAUAUUUUAGAUGUGCAGUUGUACAAGAUACUGACACAGUAGAAGUUUGUGGUGCAUUAAAGAAUGUGGUAGCUAUAGGAGCUGGUAUUGUUGAUGGAAUGGGAUCAGGUGACAAUACUAAAGCUGCUGUUCAGAGAUUGGGAUUGAUGGAAAUGAUCAAAUUUGCAGAGAUAUUCUUUCCAGGGUCCAAAACAUCAACAUUUUUUGAAAGUUGUGGAAUAGCAGAUUUAGUAGCUACAUGUCACGGUGGUAGAAAUCGAUUACUUGGAGAAAAUGUUGUGAAAUCAGAUAAGACAAUACAUGAAUUAGAGAAAGAGAUAUUGAAGGGUCAGAGUUUUCAAGGACCAUUAGUAGCCAAAGAAAUCUAUGGAAUGUUAAAAGAUAAAGAUAUGCUAUCCAGGUUUCCUUUGUUUGUGGCAAUUCAUUUAAUUUGUGAUAGAAAGAUGGAUACUAAAGAGUUUAUAAGCUGUUUAAGAAAUCAUCCAGAACACAUGUAAAAUUAACCACAACCUCAGAUCAUAGAAUCGUUAAACUGGGGCAUUAAACAUUUUACCCUGUGAUUCUAAAUUGAAUAGUCAAUUUUUAUAUGAAAUCAUUUAUUAGCUGAUAGGAAUUCUAGUGUAUAAAAUACGACUUCUAACUACAAUGUUUUUAUCAUACAUGUUCAAUUGUUAAUUACAAAGCAUACCCUUAUCAAUGUAAAAAACAUUUACAUGAAUUUAAAAAUUUGUUGCCAAUUUAAUUAUGAGAUUAUGGAAUUCUAUUUAGAAACCAAUGUUGUCAGAGAGUAGUUUAUGUAUAGACCGAUACAGUAUAAUAACCAAGCUAGUAAUUUUCUUAGUGUGCUAUUAUAUUGUAAUCCUAAAUGAGGUCUAUUGAUUCAGUGACAUAUCUGAUCAUAAUGAAAUCCAAAGAGACCAGUCAAAAUGCAUUUGCACAAAUUAAAAAAUGAAUUUUCAAGCAGCAGUUUGUGAAUUUCUAGUAUUAACAUAUUCCAGGGCAAGUGCGUGUUAUUGAAGCACUAAUUUCCUUUGAGUCUAAGUGUAACAAAUGUCUUGUCAAAGCAUUAUAUUCUAUGCAUUGUCUAUUAGAAUCUCAUUGAUCAAUGGAUUCAACAUGUUUAUUGUUAUUUAAUAAAUUGUUAGUGAUUUUUAACCUUGUUUUCUAUUUUAUAAUAUAUUAACUAUAAUUGUUUCUUAAUACAUCUAUGGAUUGUUUUUAUCUUCUAUAAAAUAUUAGUAAAU